GAGAGAGAGAGAGAGAGAGAGAGAGAGAAAAUGAAUAUGAAUAUGGAGGAGUAAUUUUAACCACGUAUUAGGCAUCUACUCUGUGCAUAACUGUAGAAGUAUAUUCCGCAUAUUUUUUAUUCCGAUUGGCUGAACUGGACGCGCUGUGUCGGAAAACCUCAGCAGCUCACCGAGCUUUAAUCUCUGGCUGGCAGACUGCUGUCUUUUGUAGCCUCGCUAGCUCUCCGUCUGUCUCUAGGACAGUAGCUGCUGCUGAUGUGCUUGUUUACUGAAGCGUAGUUCAAGUCUUUAAGAGCUUUUACACACACGUUUUCAGGCCUGUAUUGUAUGAAGCGUUAUAGGAAUGAUUUCUCGUGUGCUGUUUGUUCACUUGGACCGCUGCGGACCAACAAACUGUUAGCUGCUGUUGCUAGCUAGCCUGUCUGUCUGUCACCUGGCUGCUACGCUACUACACUACAGUGCAACUAUGUAGAUGAGCACUGUCACAUCUCUGAGAUGUAGAGUCUCUCCAGCAAGUGAAUGGAGUGAAUGGCGAGGCAGCAUGACCUGCAAACUCAAGCACCAUGGUACAAUCUGAACCUUACUGGGACCACCACGUCCCCUUGCCAAAGCUUGGAUCAGUUCAUUCACGCCUGUUUGUGGCCUUGGUCGCCCUCGUCUGUUUCAUAAACAGCUACGAUGGGGACUUUGUCUUUGAUGAUUCAGAAGCUAUUAUCAAUAACAAGGAUCUAAACCCAGCUACCCCUCUAAAUAACAUAUGGAAAAAUGACUUCUGGGGAAGCAACUUGAGCAGCAACUCCAGCCACAAAUCCUACAGGCCGCUGACUGUUCUCACCUUUAGGCUAAACUACCUCUUGGCUGGUGGAUUGCACCCAGUGGGCUUCCACGUGCUCAACAUUGGCCUCCACUGUGUUAUCUCUGCGUUAAUGAUUGAUGUCUUUGCAAUAUUAAUUGGUGGCCUGGCCUGUGACGAGAAAGCUACGAGACUCGCCCACGUUCCGAAGGCUUCCCUCCUAGCUGCGCUCUUCUUCGCUGUGCACCCAGUUCACACAGAAAGCGUGGCUGGAAUUGUGGGCAGGGCAGACCUCUUGUGUGCCCUCUUUUUCCAGUUGUCUUUCCUCUCAUACUGCAGAGCAUUUCAAUGUGGUGAUAAGAAUGACAAAUUCUCAGUGUCAUGGAUAGUGGUCAGCCUUCUGCUGUGUGCUGUAGCCAUGCUGUGUAAGGAGCAAGGCAUCACAGUUUUGGGAGUGAAUGCUGCAUUUGAUAUCCUCAUGAUCUGCAAUCUGAAUAUCUAUGAGUUGACACACAGGCUGCUAGUGGGGAGGAAGGCUGCAGGUGUUGGCGAAUGGGUCAGGAAAGGGCUUCUUGUACGGUUGGCUCUCCUGCUUUUUGGUGGUUCUUUGCUUUUGUAUGCAAGGUGGAGAAUCAUGGGUACAGGGCCGCCGGCCUUCACUGAGGUAGACAAUCCAGCCUCCUUUGCUGAAAAUGUUUUUCUUAGGAUUGUGAACUAUAAUUACUACUACUCCUUGAAUGCAUGGCUGCUGCUGUGUCCCUGGUGGCUGUGUUUUGAUUGGUCAAUGGGCUGUGUACCUCUUAUUAAAUCAGCCAGUGACUGGAGAAUUGUCUGGCUGCUGCUGCUGUGGGCCUGCUUGAUUGGCUUGAUAAGGCAAGCUCUGUGCUCCCCAGACAGCAGUAAAAGGAGGACUCUGACGUUUGGUCUUGUGCUGCUGGUCAUCCCCUUCCUUCCAGCCAGUAACCUGUUCUUUCGAGUGGGCUUUGUAAUAGCCGAGCGGGUGCUGUACCUCUCCACAGCAGGCUACUGCCUCAUCCUGGCCUAUGCUGUGGCCUACUGCUGCUGCUGCUGGAGGAGACACAAGAAGCUGCUGCAGGCGGCCAUGUUGGCCCUGUUGGGCAUGAACGUGGUGCGCUGUGCCCUGCGCAGUCAGCAGUGGAGGACUGAGCAGAGCCUGUUUACCAGCGCCUUGUCUGUCUGCCCGCUCAAUGCCAAGGUUCAUUACAAUGUUGGCAAAAACCUUGCUGACCGAGGCAACCAGAGUGCUGCAAUCAGGUACUACAGAGAGGCUGUGAGGUUGCAUCCAAAGUAUGUCCAUGCCAUGAAUAAUCUGGGCAACAUAUUAAAAGAGAGGAAUGAGCUGCAGGAGGCGGAGGAAUUACUCUCUACAGCUGUUCAUAUCCAGCCUGAUUUUGCUGCUGCUUGGAUGAAUCUGGGUAUUGUGCAGAACAGCCUGAAGAAGUUUGAAGACGCAGAGCAAAGCUACUGGAAUGCUAUUAAAUUCAGGAGGAAGUAUCCAGAUUGCUACUACAAUUUGGGCCGACUGUAUGCAGAUCUGAAUCGUCAUGUAGAUGCUCUGAAUGCUUGGAGGAAUGCCACCAUGCUGAAGCCUGAUCACAGCCUAGCGUGGAACAACAUGGUUAUACUGUUGGACAACACUGGCAACCUGGCUCAAGCAGAGUUAAUAGGAAAAGAGGCUUUGAAGAUAUUACCUAAAGACCACACAAUUAUGUUCUCCUUAGCCAAUGUGCUGGGAAAACAGCAGAAAUACAAGGAGUCGGAAGGUUUUUUUCUAAAUGCACUGAAGAUCAACCCCAAUGCUGCCAGUUGCCAUGGCAAUCUCGCUGUGCUGUACCAUCGCUGGGGGAAGCUGGACUUGGCUAAGAAGCAUUAUGAACUCUCUUUAAAACUGGACCCCAGCGCUCCAGGGACUAAUGAAAACUACAACAUGCUGAAACGCAAGCUUGAGCAGCGGCAAAAGACAGCUGGUUAACAUGGGUUGUGAUGGUCAUAUAUAUAUAUAUAUAUAUAUAUAUAUAUGAAGUGUGUGUGCGCGUGUUUGAAUUCCACCUUUGUAUAAUGUCCACACCAAGAAAAUAAUUAAAGAAAAUUUCCUAAUUUAUACUAUACAGUUUGUAUGGGCACAUUUUUUAAUAGAUGCAAAACAGUUAUUGUCUUAGGUGUUUUCAGCCCUGAGCUAUGGCUUUGUAACAGGCAACUUUUUCUGUUACAUGUGGCCUGUACUCUCAAGGCAUGUGGAACAUAUCUACCAUCUUGUCUUUCAUUCCAGUCUUUCAUCUUUGACCCCAUGUUAUGUCAGCUGGCCCUCUGUUUAUUAGUCUGUUUGAGUUUGUAAUUGUAAAGUAUGUUAUAAUUGGCCAUUCACCAAGAAUGUGCCACUCUGGUCAUAUUAACAAAUUGCAUUUUAAAAUGUCAGUUACUGUCAGUGAGACACGAAGGUAUGAGGUUACUGCUGGCUCGUUGGCUUUUGUUAGUGUGUUUGUUUACCCACAUUCCAGAGUAUCAAAGUAACAUGUUCGUGAGUAUGGAUCACGGUCCUUCGUUGCCUCCAAUUCCUCUGUAGUUAAUAUAAGAAAGGUGUUUUGCAAGUGCGCGUAGUGAUGUGCAGGAGCCCAAGGGUCACCCCAAGCAGGAAGCCAGCGGCCGUGGCCGAAAAGAAAACAGCACAGCACGCAACGAAAGCUUCAAAGGAGGUUGGACGCCAUCCCCAAGGGGCAUCUCUCACAUGCUGGCUCUUCUUGAAAGUUACUGCUGAGUGAGGGCUGACCCCAGGACACAACUUCAGUCAACAAGUCUGCUCCUCGGUUGAAAGUUCAGCACACUUCUAUUUUUUCACCUGCUUCCUACUGCUGCCAGAGAACAUUUGAAGAGCUGGUCUGCCGAAUACAGCACGUUGGAGGAGAGGCUGGUUUGUUUUUACAGUGUGAAGCACAGGUGUAAAAGGUAGGCCCAGAAUUGGGUAGAUGUCAAUGGUGGGGGAAGUAUUAGCUCAAUAAGUAAGAACAUGCAAUCAAUGAUGGGAACAUAGCCUCUGCAAAAACUAUAAAGGAAAAACAAGCUAAAACAAAGAAAGAUAGAAGUCUAAGGAAAAGCAUGUAAAGUGCAGGCAUCCAGUUAGCAUGCUCUGCUUCUGUGUUUCCACUCUUGUUUCCUAUACUUAGAUAUUUCCUUGUUCCCUUCAGGGACAUCAUACAGCUUCAUACAUUUAAACACUGAUGUUAAUAUUUUUUAAAAGACAUGUCUAUUCCCUUUUUCUGCACUGUAUUCUGUGCUAUAUUUUACUCAGGAUCUGUCCAGUGACAGCAGUGAACAUGAUGAAUACUUUAGCAGGAACUCCUUAGUUUUGUAGCUACAAGCACGACUAAGUACAGUCAUAUGUGAAAGUUUGAGCACCUCUGGUUAAAUUAC